GAAUUUGAAAGUUAAAAAUCCUGAAUCCAGUUAUUUAUAUAUAUCACCAAUUUUGUUAGCUUAAUAAUUUAAGAUAAGUAUAUAUAUUUUUAUUUUUAUAUAUUAAAAAGAAGAAAUUUCAAUUCAAUAUUAUUUUCUUGGGUUGAAAUGUGGAAUAUUUAACCGUGUAACAAUCAUUUACUGUAAACUAAAGCGAAAAUUAGAGAAAACAAUAAAAACUUUGUAUUGGCAUGGUAUUCUGAAACCCAAAGAAAACAUAAUGAAAACAAAUUUUAAAAAGAAAGAUUAGCCUAAUGUUUAUGAACUAAACCGAUUGAUUGAAAUCUCAGAUAUUCGUAGUUUCAUUUUUGUUAAAAUAUAUGUGUUUGGUUUUCCGGAAAGUCAUUUAUAUUUCAGAAACUGCAUGAAGGAAUAAUAAUAAAAUUUGGCGGCCAUAUUACAAAAAAUUAUGUUAUCAAUAAAAGAAAAACUAGAGUUUGUAUAAUCAAUGAUUUGGUUCAGUUGGCUCGCCAUUUCAAGAACCUGGUGGUGUGUCCACAUCAAUGUCAAUGUCAUGUUUUUAGAAAAGCAGAACAAGAUAGGAUUGGAUAGGAUCCUCCAUCUUGCUGACUUCUCUAUAUGGGUCCACUCCUUUUUAUAUCCUCACCACUCAAACUCUAUAGUUGAUAUGCGUUUCACGCAACUAUCGACUAUACAGAAUCCAUUAAACACAGAAAAUAAGGUUUUUACAUAAUUGAUCUUCAGCCACGAUUUCUUAAAUCGUAUCUCUAUGCACCGUUGGAUCUAUCAACAGUUUUUUUUGGUAUAUGUCAAUGUUAUAUUCGGAUUUUCUGGUUCGGUAUUUUCACGUACCAUGUGUUUGUUUGUUUCGUAUAGUGUACCUGUAUAUGCAUACAUACCUGUUUGCAUAUUUGUUAAUACGUAAAAUAAAAUUUACAGCUCAAAUGUUAAAAAAAAAAAAAGCUGGUCAAAAAGAGAACCCGCCAAAUACUGAGAGACAACAGCAAAUUUUCAAACAAAUUACGCUGUUGAAUAUUUGUUUGUUAAGAAAAGACCAAAGACACAGAAACAAAAUCUUCAACGAUAAAUCAAAACAUAAUCGAUCUAAAACAAUUUUUUUUGACCAAUACAUAUCUCUGUCUUUUUUACUUGGAUCAAUCAUCACCAUGGCCGAUUCUGCAGCACUAGCUCCUCCGCUUUGGCCGACGCUCAGCAACGAAAAAGUUUGUUAUGGAGCCGCUAAUUUCAACAUCUCCUCUUUCGGUAUCUUGGAAACCUAUAAAACUCCGAGUGUCAUCUUCGGAUACGCAUUGCCUCUACUUGAGAUGCAAAUCAGUCUCAUCUUCGUCCUUAUCGUCUCUUCUCACAUGUUCCUUAGGUUUAUUGGCAUACCACAGUUCGUAUCUUACAUGCUCGCUGGUUUUCUUCUUGGACCUCAACUGAUUGAUUUAGUGGACUUUUCUUCGGACCGGUUAUCGUUGGAUUUGGACGGUAACGCAGCGUUGGAAGGUGUGGCCAAGUUCGGGAUGAUAAUGUUCACGUUCUUGAUGGGCGUCAAGACCAACAAAAGAGCAGCGUUUCAAACCGGCAAACGACCAAUUGUGAUCGCGGUUUCGUCCUUUGUCUUGACAAUGGUCACAGGGAUGGCUUUCAGAAACUUCCGUAUCGACAAGGUUGAUCCUCUCUAUAUGUCUCUGAGGCUGGCCCCAACAGAACGCACCGUGAUUGUAUCGAUACAGGCUAUAACGCUGUUACCGGUGGUAACCCACCUCAUACAUGAGCUUAAGAUUCCAAACUCGGAACUCGGACGCCUCGCAAUAUCUAUCUCCGCCUUCAACGAUCUCCUCGCUUUUAUCAAUCUGAUGUGCGUCUCCUACAUUGGAACAUACAGGUACGUAUCGCCGAGAACAGCCAACCGCGAUGCAGCGGCAAUGAUCAUCUUAGUGCUCGUGAUCAUAUUCAUCAUCAGGCCUGCGGCUCAACGAAUAGUCAACAUUACCCCAGAAGGCAAGUCCGUACGGAAACUCUACUUGUACGGAACAAUCAUGACGGCAGUAGCCGCGAGCAGUUACACAACGUUUUUCAACCAAAUACAUGUUCUAGGAGCCUUUAUGGUUGGGAUGGCGAUCCCAGACGGUCCACCUCUGGGGUCAGCGUUAGAGGCCAAGUUCGAGAGCUUGGCUACAAACGUAUUUUUCCCGAUUUCAAUCGCGGUCAUGACCAUGAAAGGUGACAUUAUAGGGGUAUUGUAUGCGUUCGAUGACAUAUCGUUUAACAUAUUUCUGGUGGGUUUUACAUUGGUCCUGAAAUGGACCGCCUCUUUUGUACCUUGCUUGAUCUUCAAGUUACCUACUAGAGAGUCCAUUAUCAUCGCCAUGAUUAUGAACUAUAAGGGUUUUGUUGACCUAUGCUUCAUUGAAGGCGCCCUCAAUAAAUGGAAUCUGUCGCAUGCAACGUACACGUUCUUGAUGAUGUACGUGUUAAUGAACGCGGGGAUUUUACCUACUAUUGUGAAAGCACUAUACGAUCCAAAGAGGAAGUAUAUUGGUUACGUAAAGAGAGACGUUAUGCAUCUAAAAUCAAAUUCAGACCUCAAGAUACUAACGUGUUUGCACAGACCAGACAACAUCUCAGGCAUGAUCUCGCUGCUUCAACUGCUUUCUUCUCCGCUUAACAACGAGAACAAAGACAAAGGAGUUAUCGCGGUUACAGUGUUACACCUCGUGAAACUCGCGGGACGUGCGUUCCCCAUCUUAGUACCGCACGACAAGCGAUCUAAGCCGAGGCUGCUUCAAAACUCUUACAUCCAAACAAUGAUGCUCGCGUUCAACGAGUUCCAACAAGAGAAUCUAGGAACUACGACUGUUAAUUCCUUCACAGCUUUCUCUAUUGAUAAUCUAAUGGAUCAAGACAUUUGUAAUCUCGCUUUCGACCACCUCACGUCGAUGAUCAUUACACCUUCUGGACGAAAAUGGUCACCCGAUGGAUCAUAUGAAUCGGAUGAUGUUAUGAUCAGACGUGUGAAUAUGUCUCUCCUCGACCGUGCUCCAUGUUCUAUCGGCGUGCUCAAUAGCCGAGGGCACCGUAAAUUGAAGAUCAAUAAAAGGAGUAAAGGUACGGUUAAAGUGGGUGUGAUCUUCAUUGGUGGUAAAGAUGACUGGGAGGCUGUCUCUAUUGCGAAAUGGAUGAGACAGAACCCUAGCGUGCGUCUCACGGUGAUCAGAUUCUUGUCUGGUCAAGAACCAGACAAGUCCAAGAAUUGGGAGUACCUUGUCGAUAAUGAGGUCUUGAAUGAUUUGAAAUCAACAUAUGCUUCCGCUGAAAAUUUCUCAUAUACGGAGAAGAUAAUCAAAGGUGGUCCCGCGGUGACCACAGCCGUUAGAAUGGCGGCGGAAGAGAACGACUUGAUGAUUGUAGGGAGAGAUCACGACGAAGAUUCACUGGAUUACUCGGGUUUGGUGGACUGGAUGGAGCUUCCGGAGUUAGGAGUCAUCGGUGACUUGCUUGCAUCUAAAGAGCUAGAAACUAGGGUUUCUGUUUUAGUUGUUAAACAGCAGCAACAACAUGAAUGAGUACAUGCUGGGAUAUCCACAUUGUAGAUAAUAAAUGACAUAUACCAAUUCAUUUCUCAAUUCGUUUUGAAUAAAAAGUUCAUGAUUCAUUACA